AUGCCGCAACGAGAAUUCGUCCCCAAAAAGUAUGAGUUGUCGAAAGAUGGCAACAACUCUAUACUCGCUCUUCGAUCAGUCGGCGGAAAACAGAGCUUCGAUUUCACCUUUGAAGCUGUUCGGCCCAACCUGUUUCGAGUGAGAUUCACCUCCGACGCUCAUCCGCUGCCUCCAUAUCCUAGUGUCCCUGAGCCUACGAAAGAUGAUUCUAUAUCUUCCUCAUUUACCACCACCGAUGCCUCCGCGACUACUGAAGUCGGUGGGGUGACGGCCACAGUUGAAUGGAAGUCUACACCCGUUGUGUCUCUGUCGUUCUCCGGAUCCAAACAACCUCUCCAUCGUGACUUGCCAGGUCGCUCUUAUGUCUCCGACUCCAGCGGCGUGUCUCACUACAGUGUCCUCGACCGAGAAGCUCUCCACGUCGGUCUAGGAGAGAAACCAGCUCCUAUGGACCUGACGAAUCGAAACUUCAUCUUGUCCGCAUCGGACACUUUUGGUUAUGAUGUCUACCGCACAGAUCCUUUGUACAAGCAUAUUCCGUUGCUAAUCAAAGCGACCAGUGAGGGAGUCGUUGCGAUUUUCUCGUCUUCAUACUCGAGAGGGACAUGGAGCGUUGGCUCCGAACUAGAUGGUCUGUACGGUGCGUACAAGGUAUAUCGCCAGGACUAUGGCGGUUUGGAGGAGUACUUUAUCGUGGGCAAGACAUUGAAAGAUGUUGUUCGCACAUAUGCAGAACUCGCUGGGUUUCCCCUGUUACCUCCUAGAUGGGCAUACGGAUACAUCUCUGGUGGAUACAAAUACACCAUGUUAAACAACCAAGCCUUGCUAGACUUUGCCGCUAAGCUCAAGCACCACGAUAUCCCCUGCUCGGCUCAUCAGAUGAGUUCCGGAUAUUCGUUUAGUGAUAGUGAGCCCAGUCUUCGCACUGUAUUUACCUGGCACCCAAAACGAUUCCCAGACCCGAAAAAGUGGACUUCUCAAAUGCAUGCUGCUGGAUUGAGAUUGUUGUCUAAUAUCAAACCUUUUGUCCUCUCGUCGCAUCCAGACUUUCCGAAGCUGAAAGAUGCCAAUGCUCUCUUUACGGAUCCAGAUACAAAGCUACCGGGUUAUAUGGAUGUAUGGAGUGCUGGGGGAGGUGAAGGUGCCGAAGGCUGUCAUAUCGACUUCUCUUCGCACGAUGGAUUCAAGUGGUGGUUUGAAGGGGUGCAGAAACUGGCCAACGCCGGUAUCGAUGGUAUAUGGAACGAUAACAACGAAUACACUCUCCCCAAUGACGACUGGACAUUGAAGUUGGAUAAUAAAGAUGUCAAGAUCGGGAAUCGUGCGGAUGCUCCUAACUCUGUUGGUCUCUGGGGACGAAAUAUGCAUACUGAGCUUAUGGGGAAAGCCUCUCAUGAUGCUCUUGUCAAUCUGAGACCGAACAUGAGACCAUUUGUCUUGACCCGAAGUGCGACUGCUGGAACGUUGAGGUAUGCAGCCAGCUCUUGGAGUGGUGAUGACGUUACCAGCUGGGAGAACUUGAAGGGAGCCAAUGCCUUGUCGCUGAACGCUGGUUUCUCCCUCUUGCACUGCUAUGGACACGACAUUGGUGGGUUUGAGGGCCCCCAACCGUCCCCGGAACUUCUCCUCCGCUGGGUCCAGAUUGGCAUUUAUUCCCCUCGCUUCGCUAUCAACUGCUUCAAAACCUCGCCCGCUGAUAACCUCCUCGGCGACGUAAUCGAGCCUUGGAUGUACCCUGAAAUUACCCCCUUGAUCCGUGAUACCAUCAAACGCCGCUACGAGAUUCUGCCAUACAUCUACUCCCUUGCCCUAGAGAGCCAUCUAUACGCCUCCCCACCCCAACGCUGGAUCGGAUGGGGCUAUGAAUCGGACCCUGAGGUCUGGGCAUCUAAAAAGCUCAAGGAGGGCGAGGAGCAAUUCUGGUUCGGAGAUAGUCUGCUUGUCGGCGGUGUCUAUGAGCCGGGCGUGACCAGUGCAAAGGUCUACUUACCACGAAAAUCUGAUGGUCUAUUCGACUAUGGAUACGUGAACUUGAACGCUCCAUAUGAGUAUUUGGCAUCAGGUCAAUGGACCACUAUCGCAUCAGAAUGGCAAAACAGCAUCCCGCUCCUCGCACGCAUCGGCGGCGCUGUACCGGUCGGCAAGAGUGUAGUAACUCGCACACCAGGCGAAGAAAAUUCCGACGAUGCAGCAGGCGGUAUUAGCGAACUUGAUGACUACCGCGGCAUUGAGAUCUUCCCGCCUCAGGCAAGUUCGCACGGGCAUGUUUUCUCGACUACGUGGUUGGAAGACGAUGGUUACACCCAGAAUGCGGGUGUGUCGUCGUUCACGAUCAAGUAUAGCUCUACAACGGAGAAGGUGACUGUUACAUUUGAGCGCGGAGAUGGGAACAAGUAUGUCCCUGCUUGGAAGAGUUUGGAUGUUGUGUUGCCGGUAGGGGGUGAGAGGCAUGUUGUUUCGUCUAAGUCGGGGCAGCCGUUGGAGUACGUUGGAGUUGAUGCUAGGGGAAGGAGGGUUUAUCGGUUGAGUGAUAUCUAG